AUAAAAUGGGAACUAACCUUCCCCAUCUUCUCAUAUGAAAAUCCAUUUUGUCCUCAUUUUCCAUUGAUUAGUUGCAUUCUCUCCCCUAAACGAACAAAGAGUAAUCAUCAAAAACCAUAUAAUAUGCCUCUUAGGAUUGAACCCCUAUCUCUACUCUUCCUCAUUCUCAUUAUAUGCUCUUCAUCAUUAGGUAAACAUAUAAUUGAUAUUCAUAUAUUCCAUCCUUUUCAAUUUAUAGUCUUUUAACUUUGUUUUAAGGGAUGACUAUCAACCUUGCGUCCCAACACAUCCAUCUUAGUCCGAGAUCAGCUUUUGGUAUUAUCUUGUUGAACAUUAGUCUUUUCUUCGUUGUUGAAUCUAGUGCCUUAAACUACCUUAAUACCAUUGAUUAUUAAUUACUAUUAUAUUGGUGAACACUUUUUCCAUUCUUUCUCCAAAAUUAAAACACAUCUAACUAACUAGUAUGGGUUGAAAUAAAUAAGUCACUUAAAGAACAAUGUAUAUUCCGCUAACAGAGUGUUUUCUUUUAGCCAUAGUGGAAGGCUCUAUCCAGCUCGACGGUGCGAAGAUGCAUGAGAGUUCCAUGCUUUACAAGAGUGAGGAGGUGGGUGUGAAGAAGAUGGGUCAUAGGAAGUUGAUGUUCCACUCGACAGCGGACUACGACGACGCAGGACCCAACCCUAAACACGACCCAAGGAGAAGGCCCGGAGGCAAGGGUUGAAUCAUCAACACAGAACUAUCUCUGUCAUUAUAUAUAUAGUAGCAUAUAUAUAAGCACAUGCACUAAUAUCUAUAUAUCAUAUAUGAAUAUGUAUGUGAUGUAUCCUCCAUUCUGACUCUUUUUGUUUGAGGAUGAGCUCAGUGUAAAAUACCCUUCGGAAACCCGCUAGUGAAAGGAUUAGUGUCUAAUAACAAGACAUAAUAAAUCCUUAUUUAUUAUCAUCUUAUUUCAUUGACAUAUAUAAUAUAGCCAUUAUAUCCUGUGUAAUCGUUAUAUCAGAAAAUAAAUAAAGUGUUAUGGUUAUUUUU